AUGACUGGAUCCACUCUGGUUUCAUCUCUCCUGGCAUUGGCCUGUGUUUUCCUGCCACUAUGUGCUGCUCAAGGCAGCUGCAGAGGCAGAUGUGGCGAGCCGUUCGCCCGCGGUCAGGUCUGUAAUUGUGACUACAGCUGUUUUUCCCAUGGAGAAUGCUGCAAGGACUUUGAGGAAGUCUGCACCGUCAGUGGCUCGUGCAGGGGUCGGUGUGAUGAGCCGUUCAGGCGUGGGAGACAAUGUGACUGUGAUUCAGACUGUGUCCUCUACAACACCUGCUGCCCUGACUACCAUGGACCGUGUGAUGCCUUCUCCAACUUAAAAGCUCCAAGAAGCUCAAAGAUAACCAAAACAACAGAAUAUACUGACAAGUGUAUUGCAGCAUGUCUCGCAAACCAGCAAGACCCAGAUGUCCUGAGAGAUGGAAACAUGGCUCUGGCCGGGCUAAAUAAUUUGAUGGCUCUGUCUGAAGCUCCAUCACUUCUUACUGGAGGCCCCAUCGCUCAGGACACUGGCCUCUAUCUGAGCUCUUCUGACAUACCAGACAUUGGCACCAACCCUUCUGGGUUUCCUUUGCCAGAAUCAGGUCCAGGUCCUGCUUCAGCAGUUGGGUCAGAACAAGCAGGUGGACCCUCCUCUGCGAAACCCCUAACCAUCCCAGUACAGGUCGCUCUCGCUAUCAGUGGACAAGGUGAUCCAGUCCAAUCCAGUGGGCCUGCCUCUGGUUCAGGCAGACCCAGCAAUCUCGCAGACAUUGCCCAGUCAAUGGGAGCAAACAACCCUUCAGGAUUAGGUCCUGACCUCUGCAGUGGCCUUCCUAUCGAUGGACUGGCAGCUCUCUUCAAUGGCUCCAUCAUAGUUUUCAGAGGUCACUUCUUUUGGCUGCUGAACCCCAAGACAAGAAGUGCUGGUCCUGCUCAGAGAAUCACUGAAGUGCUGGGCAUCCCUUCCCCCAUCGACACCGCUUUCACUCGCUGCAACUGCCAGAGCAAGACUAUCAUCAUCAAGGGGGAUGAUUACUGGAGUUUUGAAAAUGGUGUAAUGGAGCCUGGAUAUCCAAGAUCAGUGUCUACGGACUUUGGUGGCCUCACCGGGGAGAUCAGUGCUGCUCUGCCUAUCCCUGCCACCAGAAAGAGACCAGAGACUGUGUACUUCUUUAAGAAAGGAGGUAGAGCUCACAAAUUUUCUUAUCCGCCUGGAAGUGCGCCGAAUUGCAGUGGCAAGAGAUCCAAAAACACCAAGAACCAACAUGCUAGACAAGCAGGGAUGCAGUUGUCAGGAGAGAUCAACCUGAGCCUCACAUGGAAGGGCUUCCCCACCCCUGUGACUUCAGCCUUGUCUAUGCCCAACCCCAGAAAAUCAGAUGGUUUCGAUUACCUUGUUUUCUCUUGGCCUAAAAUCUUCAAUAUCAAGAUCAGCGGUGAGCUGCCUACUUUGGCGGCUCCUGCCAGCAGUCCCUCACAGCAGAAUGACAUCAGAAGCUGGCUCAACUGUCCCUGAAAAACCAGCACUAAUCAAAAAACACCAGCAG